GGUAACCGGAAGUGACAUGGUUAGUUCCGUCUAACUUGACGCCGGAGCCUCGUACCUCGUCGGCAGCGGUGGUGGGAUGAGAGAGGGACCGCAGCGGGGACUGAGUGAAGGAGGUGGAGUCUGUCCCAGCCUGCAUCUGGCCCGCUCCCCUCUCUGUCACCCCGGGCCAAACCCGCCCAGCUCCUCUCACUCGCUCUCCGCCUGUCCUCCCGCACGGCUCGGCCCGGACACACACACACACACCCACCCACCCACCCACACAGGCAGGCUCACACACACCGAGAGGACUCGGAAUGGACACGGAAGGGAGCCAGAGCAGCCUGUCCGCCGCGGACUCCCCCCACGACCCCUGCAAAAUGUUCAUAGGAGGACUCAGCUGGCAAACUACUCAAGAGGGCCUGAAGGAGUACUUCUGCAAGUACGGCGAGGUGAAAGAGUGUAUGGUGAUGCGAGAUCCGGUUACUAAGCGUUCGAGGGGUUUCGGAUUUGUCACCUUCGUCGAUCAGGCCGGCGUGGACAAAGUUUUGGCCCAAAGCAGACAUGAGCUGGACUCCAAAACAAUCGACCCAAAGGUGGCGUUCCCUCGGAGAGCUCAGCCCAAGCUGGUGACUCGAACCAAGAAGAUCUUUGUGGGCGGCCUGUCAGUGAACACAACCAUUGAAGACGUGAAGCAAUACUUUGAUCAGUUUGGCAAGGUGAGUGACAUUUAUUUAUUUUUUUUAGAGAUCUUGAAAGCCGUGGUUGUUUGAAAUACAAAAAAAAAAAA